UUUUGAGCCAACACUCGCAUUCACAUCAACAAAGUAAACAAAAAAUGGCUCUAGACUUUUCUGCAACGUAUAAACUUUUAGUUUUAGGCGAUUCUAAUGUAGGCAAAACGUGUAUUGUGCAUAGAUAUUGUGAUGAGAGAUAUUACGAUAUUUACAUAUCCACAAUAGGCAUAGACUUCAAACAAAAGAUCAUAAAUCUCGAUGGCGUUCCGAUCAAGCUCCAGAUAUGGGAUACUGCAGGCCAAGAGAGGUUCCGUACGCUAACCACUGCUUACUACAGAGGUGCUAUGGGCAUUAUUCUUAUGUAUGAUAUCACCAAUCUCGAAUCGUUCAACCAUUUGUCGUAUUGGCUGAGGAACAUUCAAGAGUAUGCAUCCCCAGAUGUUAUUAAAGUAUUAGUUGGCAACAAAUGCGAUGUUCACGAGAAUCAUCGAGCUGUACCCAAAGAAAGGGGACAAAAGAUCGCCGAUGAUUUUGAUAUGCCUUUUUUCGAGGUAUCAUGUAAGAGCAACAUAAAUAUUGAAGAAGCAUUCUUGACGUUAGCGAGAAAGAUUAGAGAAUACAGAGAGACUAAGGCCGACGCAUUUGAAUUGAAGGAGAGGGACAAUGUGAUAAAACCAUCGGAGUCCGAAACAGACGUGUCAAAAUGUAGCUGUUAGCCAGUAUUAGCAUAUUUCUUAUUGGAUUUGUGUACAUUUCAACAGACAUGUAUAUACAUAUGUGAGGAUUGACAAAACACUGAUAUGUCUGUUUUAAUUGCACCAGGUUGAUUUACUGUAUGUGUAACUCACAUAGGCAGCAAUAACUGUAACAUAGGAAUUCCUCAAUUCUGAUUUCUAAUAAAAAUGUCGAUAAAGUAGACAUUUAUUUAACACGAUUUAAAAUGAAAGUUUUAUCAAAUACGCAGAACUCUUGUCAAUAGCAAAAUUUUUCACAUUUAUUUAUUAUUUACGCAAUAAUAUGCUAGUAAUUGUACACACACACACUAAAAUUGGUACAAAAUGUUUUGUCAUAAAAUUAUCAUUACUAGCCCACUGCAGUCCACUGCUUGACACAGGCCUAUGCCAAGGUACAGUAUUCAGCCCUUCUCGUUCGUUUUUUACCCUCCACCCUACGUAUGUCGUCGCUUCACCUAGCUGCGUAGCUAUAAUAUACUUACCAAUAAAUAUAUAACGCCGACAUAGAUAUCGCCCACCUCUCUGUCACCAGUUGAUUGUCUCUACGAGAGUUACACAUGUAAGACGUUUUAUAAGAACUAUAUCUUCUAAACAAGUGGCUAUAUAUGUAUUUAAAAAAAAACUAAUUAUACCGGUUAGCCGAAAAGGAUAUACGACGUCAAAAGCUAGGUAGAAUAAUCAUAAACCUGAACGUCACAAUGAAAUAAAAUGGAAAAUUUUCAAUACUAAGUUGAUCACGUGAUCGCGUAAUUCAUAUGAAGUUUUCGAAAAUAACUUAUUUUCUGCUUUACUUGGCAGAAUUGUUCGUUUUAUUAAUUCUAUCAGUGAAUUGCUAUACCCUUUGCACAUAACUAUGUAUAGUCACUUGCUUGAAGCAUUUAUAUUGAAAUAUAGGGGCAUAAGGAGUUUAUGGUUUGAAAUCAUAGUGAAUAUAGCCCCUAAUUAGUAAUCUAGAGCUAGCUUCUCGCAUAUUCUGUGUGCUAUUUUGCGUGUAACAACUGUCGCAAUUUCUGAUCGCACUGCAAUUGUGGAUUAUUAAUAUCUAUUUCUAACUUGAUCCAUUAUAAAACUAUUAUAGCAAUUUUACUGGCCUUAGAAUAUUUCUCAACAAAGAUAACAUACAGAUCGACCCACUUAUUUCUUUAGGAUGCUACCUAUAUGGCGCUGAAAAAAACAUUUGAGAGUACAUAUUGAUUUAUAUUACAUUACGAGAGUAGACAUUGAUUUGAAGUUUUUUAAAUCACUGACAUAUAAUUUCCAUCUCUUUUAAAAAAAAUGGUUCUUCAGUAUUUAUUAAAGGUUAGUUCUUUAUAAUAAUAUCAGAUAAGAUAAAAAUGAUUUUCAUGAUAUCAUUACUAAUAAAUAUAUAUCAGUAGGUAUUUUCCAAACUAUAGGUCGCGAGUGGCCAUGAAACCACUGAACCUGACAAUCACUAAUAGUUUCUGCUCUUUUUGUGUAUGCAGAUU